AUGUCCCUCAGCACAAUCAUGCGAGGCGUUGUGUAUAGCGGCACACCCUACAAUGUCUCCGUCAUGGACGUACCCAGGCCCACGAUUAUCAACAAUACCGAUGUGGUCGUACGCAUUACAACUUCAGCCAUCUGUGGCUCUGACCUUCAUAUGUACCACGGGGUCCAGGGAGGCAAUCCACCAUGGGUGAUGGGACACGAAGCCCUCGGAUGGAUCUCGGAGGUCGGCGAUGCCGUCUCUUCGUUAGCUGUCGGUGACUAUGUUGUGAUACCUGACAACGUGGCCACCGGACAUUUAAACAUGCAUCCACCGGAGAUGGACUCAUUUGGUACAGGUGCGGACCUGGGAGGGCUGCAAGCUGAAUAUGCACGUGUGCCCUUUGCUGAUGACUCAUUGAUUCCUGUGCCUUUGACUGCCAACACAACAAACUCUUCAAUUGAAAGAGACUAUAUGACUGUGUCUGAUAUCUUUGCCACCGGUUGGUCUGUUCUCACGUACGCUGGUUUCGAGCCAGGUGACUCGGUCGCGGUUUUCGGGGCAGGUCCAGUGGGUCUUUUAGCGGCAUACUCUGCUAUGCUCCGCGGUGCCUCCCGUGUGUAUUCUGUUGACCAUGUUCCCAUGCGCUUGGAACGCGCAGCAUCGAUCGGCGCAAUUCCAGUCAACUUCGUCGAGACCGACGCAGUCCAGCACAUUUUGGCUCUUGAACCCAACGGAGUAACAAGGGCUGUGGAUUGCGUCGGAAUGGAGGCUAUCAACAGAGAUGGCAACAUUCAAGAAAACUUUGUUUUAGAAAGCAUGAUCGGGGUAGCUUCAUCACAGGGAGGGAUUGGCCAAAUCGGUGUUUUCAUGACUCAGCCCAGUUCUCCUGGUGCACCGCUUGGAGACACACUCUCUCCAAACAUAUCCUUUCCUAUCACAGACUUUUUUGGGAAGCAUCUGAGAUAUGAAGCAGGAGUCGUGGAUCCUAAACUUGUGGCUCCCGAGCUAGUGCAGCUUAUUGCUUCCGGCCGCGCAAACCCUAGUUUUAUCACGAGCCAAGUGAUUGGAAUUGAAGAAGCGCCGAGGUACUAUCAGCGUUUUGACAACCAUGAGGAAAUCAAGGUAUACAUAGAGUUUCCCUAG